AUGCCCGACCUGUCGCAAAACAUCAGCGUGCGCAUCCUCAAGGCCGCCGAGGCCGGCCGCUACGGCGUCCCCGGCGUGGUAUGCUACAACCUCGAAGCCAUCAUCGCAUGCCGCAAGGCCGCCGAGGCGAAGAACUCGCCGUGCCAGAUCCUCCUGUUCCCCUGGGCGCAGGAAUACGCCGACGACAACCUGGUGAACCUGGCCGCGGACGUGUGCCGCAGCGCCACCGUGCCCAUGUCGCUGCACCUGGACCACGCGCAGAGCGAGGCGGCCAUCAAGCGCGCCGCCCACACGGGCAAGUUCGACAGCAUCAUGGUCGACAUGUCGCACUACGAAAAGGCGGAGAACCUGGCGCGCACAAAGGAGCUGGUCACCUACUGCCACGGGUUGGGGAUCGCGACCGAGGCCGAACCGGGGCGCAUCAACGGCGGCGAGGCCGGCGUGCAGGACACGGGCGAUCUCGAGGGCAUCCUGACCACGCCCGACGAGGCGCUGCAGUUCAUCGACACGGGGAUCGACUUUCUGGCGCCGGCCAUCGGGAACGUCCACGGGCCCUAUAAUGGCGUGGAAAACAUCCAUUUGGACUUUCCCAGGCUGGCGUCCAUCCAGGAGGCCGCCAAGGGGAGGGUCACCCUCGUGAUGCACGGGACCAACGAGUUCACGGCCGACAUCUUCAAGCAGUGCGUGGCGGCGGGGAUGACCAGGUUAAACGUCAACCAGAUCGUCUUGUGGAAGUACGAGGACUACGCGAAAGAGAAGGCUGGGCGCACACCGUUGACAGAAUUCAUGGAGGAAGGAACAAGAUUGAUCCAGGAGAGGAUCGAGUGGAUGAUGGAUAACAUCGGCAGCACGGGCAAGGCCGGCGAUGUCCAGAAAGGAGAUAGCAGAUGGUGA